GAGAAACUCACACUGAGAUGAAACUCUGUAAUAAGCUGCUAGCUAAGCCUGGUAAGGAAGAUGGCAACAAGAGUCUUGAUAAAAGGGCCGUGAGGUUCUACAUGAAGGAGAAUCUAAUUGAUGCUCAGUUGACUUUUAAAGAAGAGAUGAUGGCUCGUGGUUGUUUGGCUUUAAGCAAAGAAAUGGAAGAUUCCGAAAGGGGAGGGAAUCUUGCCAAGACUACAAUGGUGUCCUUUGAGAACCAUUCAAUUUCAAUCUCUACGUAUGAAGCGUUUCAGUCACCGAGACCACCGGAGCUGAGUCUGUUCAUAGUGAGAUUUAGGCAUUGGAUGUCAAAGAAGCUAGAAGUCGGGGUAGUGGAGAAAAAAACUCGAGCUACAUUGAGUUCAAGCGACAAGACUUGGUCAGAAGUGUACGGUGCAGGUGCAAUGUGGAGGUAAUGAGAAGGAGAUAUUAAGGAUACUCAACAGGGCUAUUGCUCACUUUCCAGAGAUUGCUUCUG